GCGGUCUCCACUGUCCACUGCGUUUUGGGACCUUCAGAGUUCGGACUCUACAGCCACUCAAUAAGGAAAAAGCAAAAAUGCCGGGAGCACAAGCACCUCCGAUUCAUCGUCUCCACUCCACGCCAUUUCUAUGCUCUCCUCUUAAAUUAUCUACUUUUACUGCUUCCUCUGUGUCCUCCUUCAAGGUUGCCAGAAAUCAACGGUCUCCACCAUCUUAUCCAUGCAUCAGAGCCGAUCUUGAUCAAAACACGAUAGUAGCAAUAUCUGUUGGCAUUGUGAGCGUUGCAGUUGGGAUUGGCAUUCCUAUCUUCUAUGAAAGCCAAAUUGAUAAUGCUGCAAAGCGAGAAAAUACCCAGCCUUGCUUCCCGUGUAAUGGCUCUGGUGCUCAGAAGUGCAGAUUUUGCUUGGGAACUGGCAAUGUUACUGUAGAGCUUGACAGGGAUGAGAAAGAAGUCUCUCGAUGUAUCAAUUGUGAUGGUGCUGGUUCUUUAACAUGUACAACAUGUCAAGGCACUGGAAUACAGCCACGGUAUCUUGAUCGCAGAGAAUUCAAAGAUGAUGAUUGAAGCCCUUCAAAAGCAGAAGCAAGGAAUUUUGGCUAAAUCCAAUGGAAAGUCAACUCUGUAGAGGAAACUAGAAGUGAUCACUUUUUCUUUCUUUUCUUUUUGCCAACUCCUUUUUUUUCCCUUUCCACUUUCCAUCAACUCCUCUUGAUUUUUUCCAAUGUAAAGUUCAAUUAGUGAUAAAACUGUAUUCAUUGUUGGAGGAUGAGGAUGGAGUUGCAUGAUAAUAUUGUAUUUCACGUUUAUCCA